AUGUCCGAUUUAAUCUUCUCUUGUUCGACUAACAACCCUAAAUUCCUUGCCCAAGCACUUAUGGCUGUUGCCUGGAAAGACCAAGAAGACCAAUUAUGUUCAGCAAGUGUUUCAAACGAUGGAAUUUUGAUAUUAACUGAAGAUUCUACAACAAUACAAGCAAGUGUCCUUCUUAGAGCUGGAUUAUUCCAGAAUUAUACACUUGUCAGGGAAGAAAACUUCGAAUUUAGAAUCAACUUAACAAAAUUUGUUAAAUGUAUAAAACUAUUCUCAGAAACUGCUACAGAACUCGAAAUAAGGUCAAAGAACGAUGCCGAAAUACAAGUUGAAAUCACAGAUGGCCUUUCAACAACAAAUUGUACGAUUAGAACUCUUUACUACCCUACAGCACAAGUCAAUAACAUGACUCUGUCCAAAGCCUUCUCAGCGCCCGACUCUGUUGAAGUUGCUUCGUUUAUGAUUCGAUCAUCAAUUGUAAAAGAGAUGUUUGUGCUUCCUGAUGCAACGACAAAGAAUACUGUUCCAAUUAAGAUGGUCAUAGAUGCUGUUGCCAGGCUUUUCGAGGUCAAAAUGGAAGGAGGCUUCGGAACAGUCAGAUCUACAAUGGAUUUCGGACUUCUCAUGGCCCAAAGACCGAAAUUCGACCUCUGUGAACCAUUCGAAGCAUGUUACCCUAUAUCCUCGCUUGUUCCUGUCUUGAAAGCAAUGGCUUUGUCAUCUGAAACGAGUUUCAGGUUUAAAGGCAACGGAAUGCUCUCAAUUCAACAGGCUAUAUCUAACCAGGCUGCUGGAUCCGUCGAAACUGUCGUCGAAUUCAUAUUGCAGCCUCUUGAAGAUAAUACUCUUUAG